UUUUCGAGUUGCCUAAAUACAGUAGAACUCCAAUUAUCCGAACUCCGACUAUCCGAAUCGCCGAUUAUCCGAAUCACAAGUCUUGACUUGACUUGCCUUAACUUGCCGUUGUGCCUACACUGACUUCCCCCCGCGAUUGUUUGUUUUGAUUAAAAAGUGUGAUAUUCACUUGCUCGAGGACGCUACUCUUUCGCUAUGGCUUACUUUUGUUUGUGCGUGUACAAUACUGUAUUGUUUAUAUACCAUGGCUUCGAAAAGAAAACGAAAAUCCGAUUAUCCGAAUAUUUGAUUAUCCGAAUGGGUCCCGGUCCCCUUUAAUUCGGAUAAUUGGAGUUCUACUGUAUUUUAAAAUUGUGUUCCUAUAUAAAUUUGAAAUCCGGUAGGUCUCAUUUCCCAAACGCAAUUAUGGUACGAGUAAACUCAAAACAAUAAACAUUUCCAAGUUCUGGAGAGUCACUAGCCCUGGUCGAUACGCGAAUGUAUCGAUGCAACGGCCAGGGCAGCAGCUACCUGUGAAGUGCGACCCUGGCACUACUUUAAAAAUUUUCUGUGACCCAAGGACGCGUCGUGCUGUGCUGUUCCCGAAAAAAUCCAUCUGCAAAGAGCACAAGGCUGCCAAUCCUAAUCCCUAGAGCGAGAGCCAAUAACCAGCGAAAUGGGAGUCCCGAAGUUCUUCAGAUACAUCAGCGAGCGGUACCCGUGCCUCAGUGAGCUGGCGCGGGAGCACAGCAUUCCCGAGUUCGAUAAUCUCUACCUCGACAUGAACGGAAUCGUGCACAACUGCUCACAUCCUGAUGACAGUAACAUUCACUUCCAUUUGGAGGAGGCACAAAUCUUUCAGGACAUUUUCAACUAUGUUGAUAAGUUGUUCUACCUGAUCAAGCCGCAGCGUCUUUUCUUUCUGGCUGUCGACGGAGUGGCUCCGCGGGCCAAGAUGAACCAGCAGCGCAGCCGGCGAUUUAGAUCGUCCCGAGAGGCGGAGCAAAUGGAGUCGAAGGCGUUGCAGAGGGGCGAGCGGCGUGAACACGAGCGCUUCGACAGCAAUUGCAUCACGCCGGGCACGGAGUUCAUGCAGCGCUUGCAGGUGAGGCUGCGCGCCUUUUUGCAAACAAAAAUCUCGACGGAUCCGCUAUGGCAGCGAUGCAGCGUGAUCCUUAGUGGCCAAGAAACACCUGGUGAAGGCGAGCACAAGAUAAUGGACUAUAUUCGGUUCAUGAAGGCCCAGCCCGACUUUGAUCCCAAUACGCGCCACUGCCUGUACGGACUGGAUGCGGACCUGAUCAUACUGGGGCUCUGUACCCAUGAACUGCAUUUUGUUGUGCUUCGCGAGGAAGUUAAGUUCGGUCGAAAUGUGAAGCGCACGUCCGUGGAGGAAACGCGCUUCUUUCUGCUUCAUCUCGGACUAUUGCGGGAAUAUCUCGAACUGGAGUUCGACGAUCUCAACACGGACGAGCACAAGCUGGACGUGGCGCAACUCAUCGAUGAUUGGGUGCUGAUGGGCUUCAUGGUCGGCAACGACUUCAUCCCCCACCUGCCCUGCUUGCACAUUUCCUCCAACGCGCUGCCCCUUCUAUACAGCACCUACAUUAAAAUCUACCCGAAGCUGGGUGGCAACAUCAACGAGAACGGAAAGCUCAACUUGCAGCGCCUGCAAGUCUUUUUGACAGCUCUCACCGAGGUCGAGCUGGAGCAGUUCAAGGAGCACGCCGACGAUCUCAAGUACAUGAACGCCAAGACGGAGGCUUUCGACGUCGACGUGUCGGAAAUAACCGGCACCGAGAGUUACGACUCUGACCUGGCAGCUUUGAUUGACAACAGCAUGAAGUUGUACGAGGGCGACAGUGAUGAGGACUUGUGUGACGAGGCGGCGAGCCUAAUGCACGAGUUCCAGAACUACAAGCGAAACUACUACUGCACCAAGUUCAAAAGCGAUUCGCCCGACCAGCUGAUCGAAGAGCUCAGCUACCACUACGUUACUGCGCUGCAGUGGAUCCUGGACUACUACUACCGCGGCGUACAGUCCUGGGACUGGUACUACCCCUUCCACUAUGCACCUUUCAUCAGCGACAUUCGUAAUGUGGAGAAAGUCAAAGUGAACUUCCAUCUGGGCGAGCCCUUCUUCCCGUUUCAGCAGCUUCUCGCGGUGCUUCCGUCUGCAAGUUUCAAAUUGAUGCCCACGGCCUUCCACGACCUCAUGCUGAAUCCGGAGAGCCCUCUGGCUGAGUUUUUCCCAGUGGACUUUGAGAGCGACCUCAAUGGCAAGAAGCACGAUUGGGAGGCGGUCGUGCUGAUCCCGUUCAUCGACGAGAAGCGUCUGCUCAACGCCAUGGUGCCGUGCGAGCUGCGCCUCUCGGAGGCGGAGAAGGAGCGAAACCGCCACGGACCGAUGUACCAGUACGAUUACACCCCGCAAUCGCAGGGGCCGCUUGCACCCUUUCCGCCGCUGCGGGGGCUGGCGCACUUAUACUGCACGGAAGUGUCCAGGUGGGCACGUGAGAUAGCUCUCCACUUGCCGAACAGCGUGUGUGUGGAGUUGCCCAACUCGGCCCGUCAUGUCUUUUACCCGGGAUUCCCCACAAUGCAGCAUUUGCCGUUCGAUUUUGAACUUCGGAACGACCGCGUAAAGGUCUUUGAGCAGGUUAGUCGCAACCAGAAUAUGGUGCUGAAGCCGCUAAAAGGUCCUCUGGCCGACACCCUGGAGGCGGUGGCCGGCAAGUUUCUGGAACAAGUGGUGCACAUCGGAUGGCCACAUCUUAUCAAGGCCAAGGUUGUGCGCGUAGCGACGCGAGACCAGAAAGUAGAUAGCGAGGGCCUCACCGUAAACGACGCGCGACGCUUUGAAUCGGAAUGCAAGAGUCUGCAGGAACACUUUACUACGCGAAUGGGCAUCCAGUUUGCCAGCUACGAAGUGCUAGUGUACGUGCGUACCUACGCCGGAAGCUCCGUGGAGUUCGGCCCCAAGGGAGAGGUUUUCAAUCGGGACGCAUGGAGCAGCACAGUCACAGGAUACCCUGCUCAUGGCGUGGUUGCCGAUCUUAUUGUAAAGGAGAACAUGCGUCAGCAGUUCCGGAACAUGGAGGACCUCUUUCCUGUGGGCUGUCCGAUAUUCUUCAUCGGCAAUCCGUACUACGGAAGCGAGGGCACCGUUUUGGAUCCGAUGCUUGUUUACAACUGCGGCCGUAUCCAGGUCAACAUACGAGUGCGGCCAGAGCCAGACCUAAUGGCGGCGCGCCUCAUGCAAGAGGAACGCGACAGGGACUUUAUGAACACGUUCGAGGUCUGUCGCCAGCUGAACAUAAACAAUCGGGCGCUGGGCCGCCUCACUGGCUCCAUGUGGGUGGUGCUGGGUCCUCGGCGCGAAAAAAUGGAAAACGUGGCCAAACACAAUAUUGGUCUGCAGCUGAAGUUCCCGCGGCAGAACGAGGAACGCGCCGGAUAUUGCUGCCGCUCAGGCAACCAGUGGUUCUACUCUAGUUUGGCUCUGGAGGUGAUGCGCGAAUACUGCGACCGUUUCCCCGACGUGGUCGAAUUCUUUGGCUCCAGCAAUGAGCGCAGCGAGUACGUGUUCGAAGAGGACAUCUAUCCUGACACCGUGGGACAGGGCGACAUGGAUGUGUUGGCUACCUGGGUGCGCCAACAACCGCACAUGAAGGUGGAGCGCGUCGGUUGCGGCUCCAAGACCGUCUGCCGGGAGACAGUCGAACUCCUAUUAACCGCCGUCGACGAGCUACGCGCGCUGCCCGUCAAGGACGUCAAGCUGCAAGUCAAGCCGCAUCUGCUCAUAAAACCCAACGUCACUUUGCCCGAUGUGUACCGCUCUCGUCGACCGGUGCGACUCUUUGACCGAGUCAUUGUUGUCCGGACGAUCUACAUGGUGCCCGUCGGUAUAAAGGGCACCGUGAUUGGCGUGCACCCCAUAACUGAUCCAAAUCCGGUGCGCCUCGAGUGCGUCCGCACGGUUGAUACCUUCUGCGAAGUGCUAUUCGACAAGGCAGUGCCUAACUUCAAUGACAUUCACGGCAUUGCCGCCGACCGGGUCUACAAGGUGCCGGAAGGCGCCUUGGUCGUCAUCUACACAAAUGAUCAGGGACAGAAAUACCAGGGCAGCGAACAAGCCACCCAUCAGCACAGAGCCCAAGGGGAAAAUGUCCGGAUCGAGAAACGGGACCAGCAGAAAGCGAGCAGCAGCCGCUAUGUCACGGCCGCAGGGUCGGAUUUUAAUCCAAUUACGAUGAAAACGAAGGUAGCCGAGGAGUUUCUCCGGCCCCAGGGCGAUUCAAAAGCCAAGGCCACGUCGAGCAAGCCCCAUGCCGAGAGUGCGGAGCAAGGAGGCAACUGGAGGCAGCAUACCUACAACCAGCCGGGCAACCAGUCGGGCAAGCAGCAUCCAGAGGCCGCGGAGCAGACCUCCAACUGGAGGCAGCGUGCCAAUAACCAGCAAGGCAAAUCGCAGGUCAAGCCUGCAUCCUGGCGCCAAUAUCAAAGGCAGCAAGACGGCAGCUCAGGUGGUGCCGGCAAAGCCCGCACCGAGGCCCCAGUGGCCGUGGUUGAACCUGCCGCAAACACCACGCCGCAGGCCCAGACCCUGGCCCUUAUGUCGAUACUGGGCUUAAAACAGAGCUCAGAUCAGUCGCAGAAGCAACCUCAGCAGUCUGUUUCCAAAGGCCCACAACAAGCGCCAUUGCCACAAGCCGCACUGCCCCAAUCUGCACUAUCCCAAGGUCCACUGCCGCAGGCAUCAAUGCCGCAGGCACUAGUGCCACAGGCACCGCUGCCGCCAGCUGGAGAAAUGCCAAACUUGCCGAAACCGCCGCUUUUCUGGCAGCAGGAAGCUCAAAAGCAGCAGCAGUCGCAGCAGGGGGAACGUAUCCAAAACCAACAAUGGUACCGAAGCAGUCAGCCAAUUGAUCUGGAUGCGGCCCAGCUUGUCAAAGGAAAUAUACAGCCACCGCAGCCGCAGCCGCUACGGCUGCCAAUUCAACCACCUCUAAUCAGCGGCCUGCCGAUGGGCUUCAACAACGGGAAUCAAUUACAUGGCAGCAACUUUGCGGCACACAGUGUCUUCAACAACAACAUGCGGCAGCCCCACAUGGAACUACCCCGAAGCUACCAGCCACAAUAUCACCAGUAUUCGCAUUAUCAGCAGCCGCCGCAGAACUACUCGCAGCUUCAAGAGAUAAGCAACGUGGCACCUCGGUACUCCUCCAUCCAGGACUUUGUUCCCAUUCAGGCGUACCGUCCCAAACAAUCGUCGCGUUCACAGCCCCAGAAGCGAUCGGACUCUGAAGCGCAGCCAAAGGAGGGUGUGGAAAAAGUACAAAUGGACGCAGGUCCAAGUCAUCAAGAUAUACCAAGCAACGAAGAGACUGCUGCCGAUUUGAUGCAGACACUGAAUAUUCCGCAGUCCUCGACAUCUCAGGGGGCUACUAGCGCCGACCCAACUGCCAGCACUGACGAAGGGACUGCAUUGACUCCAAACCAGGCAAUCAAGCCAAGGAAGCAGAAGGUCCCCCGCAUUGGAGCCAAGUUUGACUUGGAGUACAUAAUGCAUUAGGGUGGGCUUGAAGGUGGUGCCCUUAAUAAACGACGACUGUUCCCAUUAAUUACACAUUGUGAACAAGUAUCUAUUAAUCUAGGGAUUUCAUUAAAUUUAGUCAGUAUCACCCACCUAAAAAUGCUCAAAAUUGUUUAAGUUUGACAGACCUUUAUUUCCCCAAAUGUAUGCCCCCGAUGACAACCUCGACUCGCUUUCCUUUCCAUCCUGACUAGAUUUAAACGAGAAUGAAUGCGAAUAUAUGAAUAAUUCGUUAUGUUAAAGAUUUUUGAAACAUGGAGUUACCACAUUGGUGGGUAGAUUACCUAUAUCCUAUCCUGAGACUGAAUUAAUUGUUUAUUUUAUUUUAAUAAACUCAAUUUUUUUCUCAAAA